AUGGAGUACGAUCCCAAAGUGCCGACCUACCAGACAUCGGACCCGACAUCCUUCGCUCACAAGUCUGCGCGGGAGCGAUGGCCGGCCAUCGUCACAGGCGCCAUAGACGACGUUCAUCGGACCGUGUCCAAGCUGCCAGACUCGGAAAAGGAUGCCUUAGCCGAGGGCAAAUCCAUCAUCUCAACGCUGGGCUCGUUGAAGUACGAGCUGCAACAUAAUCGGCCUCUGUCGCCGAUCCCGGACGACGGGUACCCGGACGUUGAGGGAUACAACCAGGAGCUGGCCGCGCGGGGACCGCCGACGUGGCACAAGGCCGAGUGGCUGUUCUCGGAAUGCUACCUGUACCGGCGCGUGGCGACGCUGUUCUCGACGGCCAAGACCAAGGCGUGGCGCGACUACGACCCGUUCUACCGGCAGAAGAUGGAGACGUUCAAGUCGUCGCGCCCCGCGGUGCUGGAGCUCGCGGCCAGGUACCGCGAGAUCAUGACGCAGAUUCGGGAUUCGGCGGCCCAGGCGCCCGUGGCGGCCGGGGUGACGGACGCCCAGCAGAUCGCCGAGGCCGAGAAGUUGCUGUUCGUCGAGAUGGCCGAGAUCUGCCUCUGGGGAAACGCCACCGACCUCAGCCUCCUGACCAGCCUGACGUACGAGGACAUCCAGAAGCUGCAGGGCAGCUCCGCGCGCAGGGAGUCGGAGAAGAACAUCCUGGUCAACGACCUGGGCCGCGCGUUCCAGGUGCUGAAUAACGAUGCGGCCGGUCACAAGGAGCGGCCGCGGCGUCGCCGCGUCGACAUCGUGCUGGACAACGCGGGCUUCGAGCUCUUCGUCGACCUCGUGCUGGCCGGUUACUUGCUCGCCACGGGCCUGGCCACCGAGGUCGUCCUGCAUCCCAAGGACAUCCCCUGGUUCGUGAGCGACGUCGUGCCCCGCGACUUCCAGGCCCUGCUCCAGGCCAUGGCGGACCCGAAGGCCUUCUACGAGAAUGCCGACAACAACAACGCUGACAACAACUCGUCAUCGUCGCCAGCCCCGCUGUCGGACGAAGAGGCUGCCAACAUCAAGUUCCUCUUCGACCACUGGAGCCACCUGCACAGCGAGGGCAAGUUGAUCCUCCGUCCCAAUCGGUUCUGGACCCACGCGGGGAGCUUCUGGCGCAUGCCGCACGUCGCGCCCGCGCUGGUCGAGGAUCUCAAGGAGAGCGAACUGGUCAUUUUCAAGGGCGACUUGAACUACAGGAAGUUGACUGGAGAUGCUGCCUGGCCCGCCACCACACCCUUCACCGAGGCAAUCGGCCCGCUUGGUCCGUCGUCGGGCAUCCGAGUGCUCGCGCUGCGGACAUGCAAGGCAGACGUCGUCGUCGGGUUGCCCGAGGGGAAGGACGAGGAGAUCCGUGCGACGCAAGGCGGCGGAGGCGAUUCCGGAGCGAGAAUGUGGGCGUGGAGCGGGAAGUGGGCCGUCGUGCAAUUCUCGGACGGCAAGGCUUGA